AUGAGUCGGAAUCAUGAAGACGCGACGACUGCAGUGCCGCCGCUCAAAUCUCCGCUGCAGCCUGCUCCGCCAAAGGCCGCUCGAAUCUAUCCCACCUUGUCGCUUCUCUCGGUCAUUCUUCUCUUUCUCUCGGCUGGAGCCGGUAUUGCCUUGUCAGCCAUUGUUCUCUUCCGCAACCUCGAGUCGACUGAGGUUUUAGACCCUCUCAGCCGUGCCGUCUUUUUCGUAGCUUCCUGUACGAGUCUUGUUUACGUGGUCACCCACAUUGUCGCUGCCAGGACCGCAUACAUCAAAAAUUAUGGAUCCCCAACUGUCUACGGGAAGUAUCUUGCUGGAUUUGCUUUUCUGCUGGCGCGAUUGGGCCUUCCCGUGUGGGUUGCGGCAAUCACCCUUGCAAUAUUUGUUGCGGUAAAUGUAGGGCUGGACCUGUCGAAAGGGGUGCAGCAGAACAUUCCUUGGUUCAAUGUUAUCAUAAGCAUCGCUUCUCUAUUCUCCUUGGGUGCUGUACUAGCCAUUAUUGAAAUGGCGGACCGUCCUUUUGCGACGUUGGGAUUCUCACAAACCUGGUUCAUUCUGGGAGAAGAUACUCUGGUGUCUCCCGACGAGGACGAUUUGGAGUCAGCCAGUGCCGAAACGGCGAUGUCAUUCCAUGAGAAACGGGAAGACCAGUACCAGUAUGAGGAGGUUGUGGGGAGCCAGGAGAAGAGGAAGCGCAGAACACUAAUCAAGAAGAAUCCUCAGGAAGCUCAGCAAAGAGUCUUACGGCAUGCGAGAAGUAUGUCAAUGCCAACCCCGUUGAACAGCGUUUUCAGCGACCAAGCUGGAUUCUUUCCGCCCGACUCUCUUCAGGCCUUUCACACUUCCUUCGCAUGGAAACCACCGACGAGGAAUGACACAAAUCUGAAGAUAGAUAAAGGUGAAACAGUCAAUGGCUGGGUCACUUGGCAGGAGCAUGCUCAUAUGCAACAUGCAGCGUCUAACAUAUCAACAAACGCAUCAGCACAUCCAGACGAUGUAAUACUUCCAUCCAUGUUUCAAUCCGUCAAGUACUCACCACGGAACCAAUCAUUGCUCGAGCAUCAAAGACGAUACGAUUGGAAAAGAUGGACAGCCGCCGACAUGCAAUCGCCCUCGGUCGACGGCGAGUUUCUACCUUUCCCAUUCCCAAGACCGCUUACACCCUUGAUGACUAUGGAGGAGGAGCGCAGGAUCAUGAGUCGUGGACCCUCAAUCAUAGAGGACGAUUGGGAGGCAACAGGUCACCCCAGGAAGAUUAGGUCUAGUCGACCAGCAAGCACUCAUACGGCAGCAACAUCGACAUCAACAAGGUCUGGUAUUGCAGCCAAGAGAGAGACGCGUCCUUCACUCCCGCACAUUGCAACCUUGGCAACUCGAGUCGAGACGCCCACGAACAGCAUACGCCCGGAAAGUAAUGUGUUGCCGAAUGAGGGACGCCGGCGGCGGAGAAUCUCAAGUGUUGGGCUGAGUGAAGGUCGGCGUCUCACGUCCGAACCAAACAGCCGGACAGCUUCGCGUCAUGCUUCACGUCCCAACACAAGACCUCCUAACCAGAGGGGCUCUUCAGUUGUCGCAAGUGCACCUGCACAGCAAGUCACUAGUCCGACAUCGACUGCGAAGUCUUUCGGAUCUGAAGUACACAACUUCUCGAGACCUCGAACUUCGGCAGCUGCAAGAAUGCAGUCCAAGGUUGCAAAACGUUUGCGUGCUACAAAGCCACAAGAUAACGACUUCUCCGGUCCGACGCAAACGGGUGAACAGAUACUCGCGUCUCCUAGCACACCGGGGAAGAUUGGGUCGAAGAAGCCAGACAGACAGACUGGAGGAGUGCCAGCGAGCCCCUUCACCUGCGACUCCCAGGACUGCAAGGGCAAUGGCUGUGAAGAAUCUUCAAGAAAGGUUGGGUAA